AUGAGCGGAAACAACGACGACGACAAGGGCAGAAACAAAGAUCCGAUGCAAACAGAACCACCAACCGGACCCGCACCGGCUGCCGAUGCAGGAGGGAGCAGGACAAUCUCAGUGCCAGCCGUGAAGAUCGAUAUGAGCAACUGUGUGAAGCCGGGCGAGGAAUUGGUGGUCACCACACAUCACAACCAUCAGCUCGACAGAAUGUCGGUGCGUUCGAUUAGCUCCGAGGAUAUAUCGAGCGGGGGAACCGGCCGGUGCUGCAGUGCCGCCGCCCGCAAUCCCGCCAUAAAGACGGGCCGUCGUUUGCAGCUGAUGCAGAUGAUAAUUUUACCAUUUAUACCAAUAUUGGCAUUGAUUGUGCAAACAUCGCUGACACUACAAGAGAUACUCAAGUAUCGGGCCGAUGUGGCUGACAUAGAAACGCAGGUGACCAUAGCCACAGACUUGGGCAAAGUCGUGACCCGUCUGCAACUAGAACGUUCUGAGGUGGCCUUCUAUAUCUUCACCAAUGGCAGCAAGGAGCGCGCCAAUCUUACGCAGCGCUUUGCCAUCACGGACUAUGCCCUAAACAAUAUGACGACUUGGAGCGAGGUUAGUGUCCCCACCGCCCCAGACAGUGAUGAGGACGACAUGGAAGUGAUGCUGAAUCGCAGUGAAUUUCAGAGUCGUCUCAACGAUUUCCGAGAUCGUGUGCGGUCUGAGCCAGAAGACAGCUCUAUAACAGAAGUAAUGAACUGGUACACUUCCAUCAAUCGAGGCCUAUUACACCAUUUAAAUGAACAGGUUAAGGAGACAGACAGCAGCGGCGUCUGGCGUUACCUUAUUGGCUUCAAGAAUCUUCUGAAGAGCAUCGAAUGCCAGAACAUUGCCGCCUCAUUCGGCAUACGUUAUUAUGGACGUGGCGCAUUAUCUGCCGAUAAUUUUGUGUCUUACGUGCGGUAUGAGUUCAUGGCGCGGGAACUCAUCAAUUCUUCACUAAAUUAUGCUCCCAUGUUACGGCCUAUGUAUACUAAUAUUACCAGCACCAAGAAGUUUCUUCGAGUCAAACUAAUGAGCAAUAUUGUGUUGAAGAACAAACCAAAUGUUUCGGAUGAACGGAGUGCCCUCGAAUACUACGAAUUUAUGCACAACUAUACGGACGACCUACGAAUUCUGCAAAAAGCGCUGCGCAGGCUGAUUAAGGAAUAUGUGGAUAAGACACUAGUUGAGGCAGAUCGAAAAGAGGCCAUAGGUAUAGCUAUAUUGGUGGUAGUGCUGAUUGUAUCGCCAAUCAUAAUAAUUCUGGUGAAGAACGCUGCGGCUACGAUUCAGCUAUAUGCCUUCAAUUUGGCCCAGAAGGCGAAGGAGCUGAAGCGCGAGAAGCGAAAAAGUGACUCUCUCCUCUUUCAGAUGCUGCCCCCCAGCGUGGCCGUACAAUUGAAACAAACCCAACAGGUUCCUGCCGAGCUAUACGAGGCCGUGACUGUCUAUUUCAGCGACAUUGUGGGCUUCACUGAAAUCGCCGCCGAGUGCUCGCCGCUCGAGGUGGUAACUUUCCUUAAUUCGAUCUAUCGAGUUUUUGACGAGCGCAUCGAGUGCUAUGACGUGUACAAAAUUGAAACCAUAGGCGACUCCUAUAUGGUGGCCUCGGGACUGCCAGUUAAAAACGGCAACAAGCACAUCAGCGAGAUCGCAACAAUGGCACUUGAUUUGCUGGACGCCUCGUCGGUCUUUCGAAUCCCGCGCGCCUCCGACGACUCCUUCGUACAGAUACGCUGUGGUGUGCACACUGGACCUGUGGUCGCCGGCAUUGUGGGCACGAAAAUGCCGCGCUACUGUCUCUUUGGCGACACGGUCAACACUGCCUCACGGAUGGAGUCCACCGGCGAGGCGCACAAGAUACAUAUCACCGAGGAGAUGAACGAGGCACUGCAACAGGUGGGCGGUUUUAAAACCGAGCAUCGCGGCCUCAUCGACGUAAAGGGCAAAGGACUCAUGAGCACAUAUUGGCUGACCUGCAAGGAUGGGCCAGUUCGCGUGCGUGAGGAAAUCUCUUGGCAUGCGGACAUGCAGCCAGUCUUCCUUGACCACUUAAAACUACAACCGCCACCGAACUACAAAUUACCAAAGCGGAAAUGAAUGUUUCCAAUGAACAGACGCCA